AUGACGACUGUCCCACAGAGACACACUUACUAUGGUGCGCCAUCUUCGGCAUACACGCAGUCGCGCCAUUUGUCGUCAUUUGGAUCCACUACAAAACGCAAACACGUCACUUUCGGCCCGUACAUCGUGGGAUCGACGCUUGGAGAGGGCGAGUUUGGGAAAGUGAAAAUGGGGUGGUCCAAAAACCCUGCUUCUUCUUUGGACGUGCCCAAACAGGUGGCCAUCAAACUUGUGAGAAGAGAUACGAUACCCAAAAACUCAGAGAAAGAGGUCAAGAUCUACCGUGAAAUCAAUGCGCUGAAGCAUUUGACCCAUCCCAACAUCGUGAAGCUCGAGGAAGUCCUCCAAAACUCGAAAUAUAUCGGCAUCGUGCUCGAGUACGCGUCCGGUGGGGAAUUCUACAAGUAUAUCCAGCGGAAAAGAAGGCUCAAGGAAAGUGUAGCGUGCCGGUUGUUUGCACAGCUCAUUAGCGGCGUGUGCUACAUGCACUCGAAGGGACUGGUGCAUCGCGAUUUGAAGCUCGAAAACUUGCUUCUGGACAAACAAGAAAACCUUCUAAUCACGGACUUUGGAUUUGUGAAUGAGUUCAGUCCCGAAGACGAGCUCAUGAAGACCUCGUGCGGUUCUCCCUGUUACGCCGCGCCUGAACUCGUAGUCACAACACGGCCCUACGAAGCUCGAAAGGCAGAUAUUUGGUCCUGCGGUGUGAUUCUGUAUGCGAUGCUAGCGGGCUAUCUUCCUUGGGAUGACGAUUUCGAGAAUCCUGACGGCGAUGACAUCGGGAAGCUUUAUCGUUACAUCACUAGAACCCCGCUUAAAUUUCCGGAUUAUAUCGCCCCAGUACCGAGAGAUCUUUUGAGAGAGACCUUGCAACCAGACCCAAAACGAAGGAUCAAUACUAGCCAGAUUUUGCAGCAUAGGUGGUUGCGACCCCAUCACGCCUUCUUGAGUGUUCUUCCCGCCGAGUGGGACCAGGUGAGUAAGAGCCAGGAUAUCUUAAGAAGACCUCCGUCGAAAAAAGAUGGAACGGAUCCCACGCGACCACGCUCCAACUGCUCGGUGUCAUCCUCGAAUUCCAAGGGUGAGAAGCGAAACUCAUUAAUCAUGGACUCAACACUGUACUCACAACCGGUACCGCCUCAACAAUCUCAGUCGCAUGCCGUGGCAACGCCGUCUUCGCCCCCACCAAGAAUGCGACAAUCUCCCGUCAAAAAGAAUCGUCAUAGCCGCAGUAACUCCGCGGCGUCAGUCGCGCUACAGGCCGUCGUUGACGCUGAGAAAGAAUACAAUGCUUUACAUCCAUCUUUUCCCACAUCUGCAUCACUUUCUGCACUUCAAGCGGAAAGCCCACCUUUAUCGUCGCAGAAUACCUCACCUCGUCUUUACUCCCAUGCCCCAAAGAAGCCCAGCCACGCUACGGUUUCCUCUUUGAAAGAUAGCAUUAUAAUCGAAACCAGCCCUCAGAAAGGAUCGGCGGCAUAUGUGCUCUCGCCCCUUCAAAUCGAUUCAAACACCGGACUCAUACUUUCUGCAAAAUCAGAGGGAUCAGCAGUUUCUCUUCCGCAUGGCGCUCACAAGUUACCACAUUCUGCCGCCAGUCAUAUCGCUCAUAACCUGCCAGCGCAUAGAAGGCCAAGACCAACAUCAUAUCAUCCCACGUCUUACACUGCAUUAAGCGACACUUCUCACCAAAUUCAAGGUUCGACACUACCAGAAUCUCACGAUCAUGGGUUGGAAGAAACAUCAGAAAAUCAGCCACCAAUGGAGAAGGGCCCCCAGCAAAUGGUACAGAAAGACUCACACACAUUGAGCCAACCGUUCUUGGAUAUGCAAAUAGUUUCUGGCGACUUAAUAAAGACUGGAGAUGAUGGCGGCACAGUUGCAAAGAAAAUACACGACCAGGUAGAAGAUGCUGAUCACAGACUAGAUCUCUUGCGACAGAGGAGGCAAAGUCAGAGAUACAGUGUUGUAUACGAUAAAUUGUUUGGCACUGUUACUGAGCAGUCAGAACUGGUGGUUGACGAUAAAGCUGUUAUAACGGAGCCCACUACGCCCAUAGUGCAAGAGCUGAAGGCGACGCAAGAACCGGCCAAGAAGAGCAAAAAAAGAUUUAGCAUAAUGUCGGCUUAUUCCUCAUACAAUGCAUCGAAAAGCAGCAUAGAAGCGGAUCAAGGGAAGGAUAAAACUAAGGACAAGGAUAGAAUUGGUGUUGAGGAUGAUAAGCGGUCAAGAAAGUCGAGCUCGAGACACAGUUCUGCGGCUAAGGACACAAAUGAACAGACGCAGAGGAACAAAGGACCAGCUGUGGACAAGCAAAUUUCAAGAGACAAGCAGAGCACUGAUAGCACAGAAACGCAAAGGGUGAUGAGCUCGAAGACAGAUCAAACGGACUCUCAAUCACAACGAGCUAUCACUCCGCCAGCAGCGAAGAGAAAAUCUUCGUUGCGCAAACCCAGCAAAAAUUCUCAAAACAAGACGAGAGUCAACCGGGCUUCGGUGAUGAUAGCAUCGGCGACUAAGACAGACGGAGACGCUCUGAACAAAAGUGGGAGCGGAGUGUCGGAAGCCAGGCCCCGCGAGCAGUCCACUGCCAAAAAAGUGAUCGACUUUUUCAAACGCAGAAGCAUGCGACUUUAA